AUUUAAGAUUUUUGGUAAAAAAAAAUGGAAUUUUGUUAGUGUUAUAUAUAUUUCCAUAACCUCAACUCAUUGGCCGUUUUCGUCGCGGCCUGGAGGAGAUGGCCUCGGCACCCCUCGCCACCGCCUCGGCACCGCGACAACAGUUAACCGCACCGUCUUCGUUUUCCGUCCCCGCCGGAAAAUUCGGUCUUCCGCCGCCGGAGAAACUCGGCAGCCUUAUCGACGGGUCGAAAUCAGUGGACCACGUUCUCCAAAUCCACGCUGCUAUCCUCCGCCAUAACCUCCUCCUCCACCAUUACCCGGUUUUGAACCUCAAGCUCCACCGUGCUUACGCUUCACAUUGCCGAAUUCGCUAUUCUUUGGCUAUCUUCCAUCAGACGCCGAGUCCCGACGUGUUCCUCUUCUCUGCCGCGAUCAACACUGUCUCUGUUCACGGCCUCCAUGAUCAAGCUUUGCUGUUUUACGUUCAAUUGCUUUCUGCCAACGUCGAUCCCAAUGAAUUCACGUUCUCCUCCAUUUUGAAGACUUGCUCUGUUGAGUCCGGGAAGGCGAUCCAUGCCCAUGUCCUCAAAUCCGGGUUCGGUUCAGAUGCAUACGUAACGACGGGUCUCGUCGAUCUCUACGCGAGAACAGGCAAUGUUUUAUCCGCUCAGAAGGUGUUCGACAGAAUGCCUGACAGAAGUCUCGUUUCUUCCACGGCUAUGAUCACCUGCUACACGAAGCAGGGAAACCUAGAGGCUGCGAGAUCUUUGUUCGACGAAAUGCGUGAGAGAGACGUUGUGACUUGGAACGUGAUGAUUGAUGGGUACACACAGCUAGGGUUUCCAGGUGGGGCUCUCUUGCUUUUCCAGAAAAUGUUAGCGGAAGAAAAACCAAAACCCGACGAAGUAACCCUUGUGGCAACUCUCUCGGCUUGUGGGCAGAUAGGCGCACUCGAAUCUGGGCGAUGGAUCCAUGCUUUUAUCAAGAACCGUCACAUCGAGCUUAAUGUUCGGAUAUGCACGGCUCUGGUUGAUAUGUAUAGCAAAUGUGGGAGCUUGGAUGAUGCUUGGUCAGUGUUCAAGAAAACUCCGAGGAAGGAUGCCGUGGCAUGGAACACCAUGAUUGUCAGCUAUGCGAUGCAUGGUUAUGGCCAUGACGCGUUAAGAUUGUUCGAUGAGAUGCUUAGGACAGGAUUACAGCCGACAGAUAUAACAUAUAUUGGAGUACUUAAUGCAUGUGCUCAUGCUGGCCUUCUAGAUCAAGGGCUCGCCUUUUUCAUGUCGAUGCGAGAUGAAUAUGGGAUCCAACCCAAAAUCGAGCAUUACGGGUGCCUGGUGAGCCUUCUGGCUCGUGCUGGGAAGUUAAAGAAAGCAUAUGAAAUGGUGAAAAGCAUGAAAAUUGAGGCAGAUACUGUUCUAUGGAGCGCUUUGCUUGGAGGUUGUAGCCUUCACGGAGAUUUCGUGUUGGGCAAGGAGAUUGCUGAGUACCUCAUUGGCCAAAAUGUCACGAAUUCAGGAAUCUUCGUCAUGCUAUCGAACAUGUAUGCAUCGGUGGGGGAUUUUGAAGGUGUGGCCAAAGUGAGGAACUUGAUGAAGGCAAAAGGGAUACAGAAGGAACCCGGAAUAAGUAGCGUGGAAAUCGAUAACAAAGUUCAUGAGUUUCGAGCUGGAGACAGAAAACACUCGAGAAGCCGAGAAAUCUACGCGAUGGUAAGAAAGAUCAGUGACAGUCUCAGAUCAUGUGGUUAUGUUCCGAACACGCAUAUAGUUCUGCAGGAUCUUGGAGAGUCCGAGAAGGAACGAUCUCUGCAAGUUCACAGCGAGAAACUCGCGAUUGCAUAUGGAUUGAUCACCACAGAAGCUGGAACUCCUCUGAGAAUCUUCAAGAAUCUAAGGGUGUGUUUGGAUUGUCAUAAUGCGACCAAACUGAUAUCGAGGAUCACGGGAAGAAAGAUUGUGAUGAGAGACAGGAACAGGUUCCACCAUUUUGUAGAUGGUUCUUGUUCUUGUGGUGAUUUCUGGUGAUCAAAACCUGCAGUGUGUUGUUGUCUAUGCAGGUACAACUUGUACAGUACAAGGGUCUUCGGUCAAAGACCAUGCCUUUGACUUUUCGGACCAUAAGAUUAAACGAAAACUGAAUGGUUAUAUAAUAUAUAUAUAUGUAUAUGAUGUGUUAAUAAAUGUUACCGCCAUUGUGUUUUAA